AUGGAGACCAGCUGGAGCUGGCUGCUCCUCGCCGGCGCCCUCCUGCUCUCCCUCCUCGCCCUGCGCCGCCACGCCAGGAACCGCCGCCUCCCGCCGGGCCCGCCGGCCGUGCCGCUGUUCGGCAACCUGCUGUGGCUGCGCCACUCCGCCGCCGACGUGGAGCCGCUCCUGCUCAAGCUCUUCCAGCAGUACGGCCCCGUGGUGACGCUCCGGAUGGGCUCCCGCCUCGCCGUCUUCGUGGCCGACCGCCGCCUCGCGCACGCCGCGCUCGUGGGCGCCGGCGCCGUCACGAUCGCCAACCGGCCCAAGCCCGCCACCAGCGCGCUCCUGGGCGUCGGCGGCAACAUCAUCACCAACGCCGACUACGGGCCGCUCUGGCGCCUCCUGCGCCGCAACCUCGUCGCCGAGACGCUGCACCCGUCGCGCGUCCGGCUGUUCGCGCCUGCGCGCGCCUGGGUGCGCGGCGUGCUCCUGGACAAGCUGCGCGCGGGCGGGGGCGGGGCCGGCGCGCCCGGCGACGCCAUGGAGGCGUUCCGCUACACCAUGUUCUGCCUCCUCGUGCUCAUGUGCUUCGGCGAGCGGCUCGGCGAGCCCGCGGUGCGCGCCAUCGAGGACGCCGAGCGCGCUUGGCUGCUCUACAUCUCCCAGCAGAUGAGCGUCUUCUUCUUCUUCCCGUCCAUCACCAAGCACAUCUUCCGCGGGCGCCUCCAGGCCGCGCGCGCCCUGCGGCGGCGCCAGAUGGAGCUCUUCGUGCCGCUGAUCAACGCCCGGCGGGAGUACAAGCGGCGGGUCAAGGAAGGCCAGGCACCGACGAGCGAGACCACGUUCCAGCACUCGUACGUGGACACCCUGCUGGACAUCACGCUCCCGGAGGAGGGCCACCGCCCGCUCACCGACGACGAGAUCGUCACGCUCUGCUCCGAGUUCCUCACCGCCGGCACCGACACCACCUCGACAGGGCUGCAGUGGAUCAUGGCCGAGCUGGUCAACAACCCGGCCGUCCAGGAGCGCCUCCACGCCGAGAUCAGGGCCACCUGCGGCGACGACGCCGAGGAGGUCUCGGAGGAGGCCGUCCAUCACAUGCCGUACCUCAAGGCGGUGAUCCUCGAGGGCCUGCGCAAGCACCCGCCGGGCCACUUCGUGCUGCCGCACAAGGCCGCCGACGACAUGGACGUCGGCGGGUACCUGAUCCCCAAGGGCGCGACGGUGAACUUCAUGGUGGCCGAGAUGGGCCGGGACGGGCGGGAGUGGGAGAGGCCGAUGGAGUUCUUGCCGGAGCGGUUCCUGGAGGGCGGCGACGGCGCGGGCGUGGACAUGACGGGGACCAAGGGGAUCCGGAUGAUGCCGUUCGGCGCGGGGCGGAGGAUCUGCGCCGGGCUGUCCAUCGCCAUGCUGCACCUCGAGUACUUCGUGGCCAACAUGGUGAGGGAGUUCGAGUGGCGGGAGGCGCCCGGGCACGAGGUGGAGCUCCAGGAGAAGCGCGAGUUCACCACCGUCAUGAAGAAGCCGCUGCGCCCGCGCCUUGUGCCCCGGAGGAGCUGAUCGAUUUGGGGAGUUCCAGUAGUUAGCUUUAGAGAGCUUAUUAGAUUGUUAGAUUUGAUUUGCAUACGCUCGUGUCAGUAAGGGACCAUUGAGUACCGCA